AAGCACUCUCAUUCAGUGCAGCACUGCAGCCUUUGAAAUAUUCUGACUAGCUGGAGGCCCGGAAAGAGCCCGGUGCUUGAGAAUCAACUAUCAACGUGUAUGAUCUUAGUUAGAAAAAAAGGCAUGGCAAAAUUGAAAACUUGAAAAAAACUCGAGGAGAUUAUCGGUAGGCACCCAUCUUAUCCCUCAGUACUGGGUCUUGAAGAUCAGUUUGCAAAGAACCGAACUUUUUGUUAAUCGAAAUGCUUCGGAAAAACCCCAGUUUUAGGAACAAUCCAUUUUAUGUUCCUCACUCUCUUCAGCACCUUGUCCGAAAAUUCUCACUCUGGUCAAUGAAGAAAGAACCGGAUCUCGAAUCUGCUCUGUCUAGGAACCGUAGGUGGGUUGUCAAUAAUCAGAUCAAGAACAUCAUUCUUCGGUGUCCCGAGCGGGUGGCGCCGGUGAAGUUCCUGCAGAAGAAAUUCAAGAACCUUGAUCUACAGGGCAAAGCUCUGAAUUGGCUCAAGAAAUACCCGUGCUGCUUCGACGUUUAUCUCGAAGGCGACGAGUACUACUGCCGGCUGACAAAGCGGAUGAUGUUUUUGGCGGAAGAGGAAGAGGCUGUCAAAGAUAUGCAGGAACCGGUGUUCGUCGAGAGACUGGGGAAGUUGCUUAUGAUGAGCUCGAAUCAUAGACUCAAUGUCGUUAAACUCAAUGAAAUAAAGAGGAAUUUCGGUUUUCCAGACGACUAUCUGAUUAGAAUCGUGCCCAAGUAUUCGGAUAUGUUUCGGGUUGUUAAUUACACCGGAAGACGGAGUUCGAUGGAGAUUGAACUGGCUUCCUGGAACCCUGAUUUCGCAGUUUCCGCCAUUGAAGCCGCCGCUAGGAAGCAGGGUUCUGAGCCAUGUUUUUCAUGUUCAUUGCCCUCUAGUUGGGUGAAGUCAUGGGAGAGAUCUCGCAAAUUCAACUCAACUCCUUAUAUUUCGCCAUACUUGGAACCCAGAGGUUUGAUGGAGGGAUCAAUGGAGAUGGAGAAGAGGACUGUGGGCUUGGUGCACGAGCUGUUGUCGUUGACACUGUGGAAGAAAGCUUCAAUUUUGAAGCUAGGACAUUUUAGGAGAGAGUUUGGCUUGCCAGAGAAACUGAAUGUUCUGUUGCUCAAACAUCCAGGCAUUUUCUACGUUUCGAAUAAGUAUCAAAUCUAUACUGUGCUUCUUAGAGAGGGAUAUAAGGGGUCAGAGCUGAUUGAUAAAGAUCCUCUGGUUGUUGCUAAAGAAAAAUUUGGGGAACUGAUGCAGGACGGACUUCAUGAAUAUAAUCGGAGGCGACAUUUACUGAAUUUGGAGAAGAAAAAGAAAGACAUAGUAUUGAGGGGAUUAGAGAAAAACAAGACCAGAAGCUCUGAAAUGUCCGACAAUGAUGAUGGGGGAGAUAAGUUGGGAGGUCUGUUUGAUCCGGAAGAAAGAAAAAGGUUUUAUAAAGUUCUCUUUGAUGAUACUGUUCCAUAAAAUUCAAUUGAGGUAUGUACUUGGGUUCAAGAUAUUAACUUUCUGUAUGUAAUUUUCCCAGUUUUUGAUGGUUGAUGUCUUUCCAUGGCUUGCCCAAUACCAUUUUCUCUUAUUUAUUGGAAUAUCAAUGAUCAUUCAAGAUGGUCGUUUUAAUUUAA